UAGGCAGCCAUUUGUACUGAGACAAUUCUGAAGGGUUUUGUUGUGCUCUCGUUGAGAAGUGAAAAUAAUAAAAGAUUUUGUAUUACCAAGGUUCUGACCUAUUUAAACUGUGGAGAAAAUUCGCGGUCGAGUUUUUAUUAAAAGUGCCGUAAUGCAGUGACAGAUUUCUCUGAAAUCAAUGUCUAUUUCACGUUGAUCAAUUUGAACGUUAUAGUUACGGUGAUAACUAGGGCAGAAAGAAAGAGAUUUCUCCUGUAUCAAAGCCUAGUUAAAAUCGCGAUCCAAUAGCUUCGAAAGAAAGUUUUAGUGUCAAUGUUGCUUCACAGGAAGUAGAUAUUUGAAGAUGGUGCACAUUCGUGUUCAAGGAGAGACAAUUGGGGCAUUCCCUGUGUCGGAUCUUCCUUUGCCGAUAGUUGAGAGUGCAGAUGCAGCUACUCCUAGUGCCGUUUCAGACCUUGUAGAAGUAGUUUCCACUUCAAGACUGAGAAGGAGUCGACAGUCUGCCAGCCUGUUGCCAGUUCCCAGACCCAUCCCAACUAAUGAAGCAAUCAGCCCGAUCCUAGCACCUCAGCUCUCAGCCAAACCAUAUGAUUACCUUUUAAAGUUCCUUCUUGUGGGGGAUUCUGAUGUGGGAAAACAAGAAAUACUCAACACACUAGAAAAUGCUGCUUCAGACAUGCCUUUUUGUGCUGGACCAGUGCACAAAGUUACCACCCUCCUAGUAGACGGAAGGAGAGUUCGCCUACAGUUAUGGGACACGUCUGGGCAGGGCCGAUUUUGUACGAUACUGCGAUCCUACUCCCGAGGUGCCCAGGGCCUGCUACUGGUCUAUGAUUUGACUAACAAGUGGUCUUUCGAUGGAAUUGACCGCUGGAGGAGAGAAGUUGAAGAGCAUGCUCCUGGAGUACCCAAAGUACUUGUUGGAAAUCGACUUCACUUGGAAUUUAAACGGGCAGUAAGUGUUGCACAAGCUGAGGCUUACGCUCAGAGACACGGUAUGGCCUUCUUUGAAAUCUCGCCACUGUGCAACUAUAACGUGGCUGAGUCGCUGGCCGAGCUCACACGUAGGGCGCUUAGAAGAAACGGGAUGGAAAGGCUCUGGCGGACGAAUCGAGUGUUAUCGCUCCAAGAGUUGUGCUGCCGCUCAAUCGUCUCGCAGACCUCUGUCUAUACCAUAGAUCGGCUUCCUCUGCCACCAACGCUUCAUUCGCAGCUGCGUUCGUACGCCCUUAGCAGUGGCUGUGCCCGACACCACCCGCACCACCCCAACCAUCACCACGAAAUGAAGAUGGCCAUCAAAAAGUCAAGACUCAGUCAUGUUCACGCAAAACUCACCUGCGUCAUUUCAUGAUUUCGUUGUCGCUUCUUUUUUUUUCAACAUUUUUCUAUUGUCAAUAGCUAUCUCGAAAGUUUUACCAGC